AUGUUUUCUUACAACGGCUCUUUGCCAAGCGGUCCACCAACUUUAUCAAAUAACGAAUUGGAUCCACAAUAUAGAGAACGGUACGGACAACAACACAAUGAAGCUCAUCGAGAGGUCACCAUCACAUAUGUGACCUCGAAUUUGCAAGAGGAUGAUCUCGAUGAUAAUGAAGUGUUCGGUGAAUUGAAAAAGCGUCCACUUGACCGACCGGAGCACUCACGCGACACCUAUGACAAUCUAUGGCCACCGAAUUUCGGUCCAAGAAUUCGGAGAAUAAACCCCAGUCAGGCGAGUCUGGGCACGAUUAGCCUCGAUUCGGCUCCAGAGCUGCCACCGCGCCCAUGUGCAACGAAAAGCUUUGAGGAUCAAUGUUCACUCUAUCGAGAGGGUUGGCCUGCAAGGAAACACUAUUGGAAGCUCUUCACCAGUCUCCUCGCUUUGGUCUCGUGUACCCUGUCGGUGGUGAAUUUGGACUUUUACGUGCGAUUGCUCAAGAGAGUUCAAACAGAUAAAAUCCCGGCCGGUGAUGGCGGGGAAAAGCUUGCAGUGAGCAUGCUCAUUUUCGCGAUCACUUUACUAUUGCUGAGCAUUUCCGGCUCCGUGGCGGCCGUGUUGGCGAUUUGGAGACGCAACGAGUUGUACAUGUCGAUGUUUCAACUCCAAUUGUUCAUUUCAUCGGUGAUCUACUUCUGCAACUUGAUCGUUCGUUUCACUCAUCCACAAUUGACAUCAAUCGUCUUCCCUCUUGGAAUUAUGGUUUUCCAUAUUGGAUUGGGGCUUCUUUCUGAAAAAAUGCGGAAAAAGAUGAAGAUUUGCGAAUGUUGCUAU